AUGGCUGCUCUGGGCCAGGGCCGGCUCCCGGCCCGCCGCGGGCUCGGCUGCUGCGUCCUGGUGCUGCUGCUGCUCCUGGGCGGCUCGGGCAGCCCCGGGACAACGCCCCCGCCCCGGGCGCCCUGGGCAGAGGAGCAGGGACCCGUCCCGGAGCGGGCACCGUGGGGCAAGGCGAGGUACGAAACCGUGAAGAAGCAUUUGGGAGCCGUGGGUGCUCUCUCCAAGCAGUAUUGGCAGCACUUGGCGUGCAAGGUGUGGCGGGAGGGCUGCGAAGAGGAGGAGAAGCAGCGGAAGAGAGAAGGAGAGGCCGAGCCCAUCCCAGGCUGGGGCUUUCCUCUGAUAGGCCGGGAUUACCUGGAGAUCCUCUCUGCCUGGUACUGCAGCUUCAGCAAGUGCUGCGAGACAGGAGACUGCAGGAUAAUCAACAACAUCACAGGGCUGGAGGCAGACCUCAGUGGACAGCUCCACGGGCAGCACUUGGCCAAAGAAGUGGUGGUGCAGGCAGUGCAGGGGUUCCUGCAGAACCCACGGCCCCAGAAGGCUCUGGUCCUGUCCUUCCAUGGCUGGUCUGGCACAGGGAAGAACUUUGUGGCUCGGAUGGUGGCCAGUCACCUGUACCGGGAUGGGCUGAAGAGUGACUGUGUCAGGGUGUUCGUGUCCCUCCUCCACUUCCCACAUCACAACUACGUGGACUCCUACAAGGCCCAGCUGCAGAGGCAGAUCAGCGAGACCCUGCAGCGCUGCAGGCAGCCCCUGCUCAUCUUCGACGAGGCUGAGAAGCUGCAUUCCAGCCUCCUGGAUGCCAUCAGGCCCUUCAUGGCUCAACACGACAGCAAGGGCCAGGUGGAUCACCAGAGAUCCAUAUUCCUCUUCCUCAGCAAUCUUGGUGGCAACACCAUCAAUGAGGUCGCCCUGGACUUCAGGCGAGCCGGCCGGGCACGGGAGGAGAUCUCCUUGGAGCUCCUGGAACAGCGGCUGCGGUUGGAGCUGCAGGAGGCUGCAGAGAACAGUUAUGCCCACAGUCACCUCCUCAGAGAGAACCUCAUUGAUUUCGUGGUGCCAUUCCUGCCCCUGGGAUACCAGCACGUGAAGCUCUGUGCGCGGGAUGCUUUCCUGGCCCGUGGGCUUCCCUACACCGAGGCAACGCUCGACGAGGUGGCCCAGAUGAUGGUGUUUGUCCCCAAAGAGGAGGAGCUUUUCUCUGCACAGGGCUGCAAAUCCGUGCCCCAGCGCAUCAAUUAUUUCCUUCCUUGA